GCUGCCGCUGUUGUGGCUGACGAGUCGGGUGACCGUAAAAAGAUUGGUGUUUUGACUUCAGGUGGUGAUGCACCUGGUAUGAAUGCCAGUGUGCGUGCCGUGGUCCGUUACGGUAUCAGUCGAGGCUGUGAUAUCUUUGCUGUGUACGAAGGUUACCAAGGUUUGGUUGAUGGCGGAGAAUAUAUUCGCAAAAUGGAUUGGAAAAGUGUCGAUGGAUGGUUGAGCGUGGGUGGUACAAACAUUGGUACAGCCCGUUGCAUGCCUUUUAAAACACACGAAGGUCGUCUUCAAGCCGCUGAAAACUUGAUCAAGAACGGUAUCGACUCUUUAAUCGUUUGCGGUGGUGAUGGCUCUCUGACAGGUGCCGACGUCUUCCGUUCCGAAUGGCCUGAUUUUGUUAGUGAGUUACAUAGCACCGGCCGUAUCACAGACGAGGAAGCCAAGACGUACGGCCAUUUGACUAUUGUCGGCUUGGUCGGUUCCAUUGAUAACGAUAUGUCAAGCACCGAUAUCACGAUCGGUGCCGAUACAGCUCUUCAUCGUAUUUGCGAAAACGUGGAUUCAGUUCACACCACUGCUUUAUCUCACUCGCGUGCAUUCGUAAUCGAGGUGAUGGGUCGUCAUUGCGGUUGGCUUGCGUUGAUGGCUGGUAUCGCUACGGGAGCUGAUUUCGUUUUCAUUCCUGAACGUCCGCCACCGGAAGAUGAUUGGGAACGCGUCAUGUGUGAUGUUGCUUCGCGCCAUCGUAAGCUCGGUAAACGCAAGACUGUCAUUAUUGUCGCCGAAGGUGCUAUCGAUAAAGCCUUGAAUCCUAUCAAAGCAGAGCAUAUAAAGGAUAUCUUGACCGAUCGUCUUGGUUUGGAUACGCGUGUCACUAUCCUUGGUCAUACUCAGCGUGGUGGUUCUCCGUCUGCUGCCGAUCGUAUUUUGGCCACCAUGCAGUCUAUUGAAGCGGUGGAUGCCGUACUCGAGUCCACACCCGAUAUUCCCUCUCCCAUGAUCGGCAUGAGUGAAAACCGUGUCACUCGUGGUCCUCUCAUGAAGGCCGUGAAGCUCACCCACGAAGUGGCUCAAGCUAUCAGCGAAAAGAACUUUGCCCGUGCUAUGGAAUUACGUGAUCCUCAAUUUUCCGAAGAAUUCGAUGCCUACACGGCAACUACUAUUUUGGAUGACAGCCAGAUUCGUUUACCUGAGCAUCAACAAAUCCGUAUGGCUAUUCUUCACAUCGGUGCUCCCGCUGGUGGUAUGAAUGCCGCUACCCGUACCGCUGUUCGCUAUGCCCUUAAUCGCGGUCACACGCCCAUUGGUGUGUUCAAUGGAUUCUCUGGUCUUGUCCGUGGUUCGAUGGAAGAAAUGAACUGGAUGCGUGUUGACGGUUGGACAUCUUGCGGUGGUUCCAAGCUCGGUACGAACCGUGCUGUUCCUGGUGUUGAUGUGGACAUGGGUAUGGUUGCUUACCAGAUCCAAAAGCAUCGUAUUCAAGCUCUCAUGCUCGUUGGUGGUUUCGAGGCUUUCAGCAGCUUGGUUCAGUUGGAAGCCGCCCGUGCCAAGUAUCCAUCUUUACGCAUUCCUAUUUGCUUGUUACCUGCCACCAUUUCUAAUAACGUUCCCGGUACCGAUUUCUCCCUUGGUUCUGAUACUUCGCUCAAUGCUAUUGUUCAAUCGUGUGAUGCUAUCGUGCAAUCGGCUCAAUCUUCCCGUCGUCGCGUAUUCGUUGUUGAAGUCCAAGGUGGUCGCUCGGGCUACCUUGCCGUUGAGGCUGGCCUCGCUGUUGGUGCGAAUACGAUCUAUAUUCCGGAGGAAGGCAUCAAUUUGGCACGUCUGCAGGCUGAUGUUGACCAUUUGACUGCUUUGUACUUGGCUGAUGAUCCUGAGAAAUCUGAAGGCAGAGUUGUCUUGCGUACCGAGGCUGUGAGCAAAACGUACUCCACCGACGUUAUCAGUAACAUUUUCAAGGAAGAAGGUCACAACGUGUUUGAUUCUCGCACCGCCGUUUUGGGUCACAUCCAACAAGGUGGCACUCCCUCCCCUCUUGAUCGCAUCCGUGCUACUCGUUUGGCUAUGCGCUGUGUCCAAUUUGCUGAAGAGCACUCCAUUGAGGCCUUGAACGAAGCCUACCAGAAGAACAAGUCGACUCCUAUCGAAGUCACCAACAGUCCUAAAUCGGUUGCUGUUGUCGGUAUUGCUGGCCACAACGUCACCUUCAAGUCGGUGCAGGAACUUCUUCCAGUGACUGAUAUGAAGAACCGCAAGCCCCGAGAUGCUUGGUGGUUCGAUCAUCGUACACUCGUCGAUAUGUUGACUGGACGUACUCUUUUCACAGUUCAAAAGUAA